UUGGCGAGCAACGUCGUUUGCAAUGCUUCUCGUCACACCUGCAAUCGUACCACAUAUUUUGUUAAUUACAAAAACGACAAGUUCUGCGCUACGAGUCACUCGACUCGCGUCUUCCCGCGUCGCCAUGCACAGCCGCAGUUUGCUACCGGAUCCGGCGGUCUACCAGCCGGACACCCUGGACCUGAACACUGACGGGAAGGCGGCGGAUUACUGGUUCAACUGCUUCAGGGACAUGGUCGCGAAGUUCGCGAAAGUGGCGUCCAAGUCACAAGAGGAGGAUCACACGGCCCCGCAGCGGGCGGAGCAGUUCCAGGCCGCAUAUCUUCAACAGCUUGACGAGCACCAGCGAAAUGUACCCCUCAAUAAAGGCAAAGUUGUCCUGGGCACCAGCGAGCUACUUCAACUCAACGAAACCAUGCUGCGGCGCUUCGGUUUUGAUGAUCCCUGGCUCAGCCAAAAGAAAAUGGAGAAUGCCUCUGCGGUGGCCAAGCUAAAAGAACGUCUCCAGGAAAUAGACGCCUUAAAAGAUGACGAUGCCCGUUGGACGGAACUGGUGCGCGGAGUCCUCGCCGGCAACAUGUUCGACUGGGGUGCCCAGGCCAUAUCAAAUAUUCUCGAGCAGGACAGCAAUUUUGGCCUGCACUCCGCCCUGGAUCGCAUCGAGAAGCGACCGUGGCUGCUGGACAACCUGGACAACUGGCUGAAUCGCCUCAAGGGAACGCCACACAAGUGUGCUGUGGUCUUCGUGGACAACAGUGGAGUGGAUGUGGUCCUGGGAGUGCUGCCCUUUGUGAGAGGACUCUUGAAAAGAGGCACCAAGGUGCUACUUUGUGCGAACAGUGAACCUGCUCUCAAUGAUGUGACCAGUGUGGAGCUGAAAUCCUUGCUGGACGAGUGCUCAAGGGAAUGCGAAGUCCUACAGCAAGCCUGGUCGCAGGGACAACUUCUUGUCUACGCCAAUGGACAGACGGGUCCCUGCCUGGAUAUGCGCACCCUGCCGCAGGAACUGUGCGACGCCAUCGCCGCCAAUGAGACUGACCUGCUCGUAAUCGAGGGGAUGGGACGUGCCCUGCACACAAAUCUGAAUGCCCGCUUCGGCUGCGAGACCCUAAAGCUGGCCGUGAUCAAGAACAGGUGGCUAGCCAAGUACCUGGGCGGUGAGGCCAUGUUCGCGGUUGUCUGCAAGUUCGAAGGGGCUGCGCUGAGCUAGUCCAGGAGCCUUGUUGAUCCUUGUUAUCCCUUGUUGACGAAAAACAAAGCCCCCAGAGAUGGUCACCGGCAUGGGGUUCUUGUUAAGUUCGAAAUUAUUGUUAUGGUCCUCAGAAAACCAACCCACAACCCAAUCGCAUCCCUCAAUCUACCGAUGAGAUUCAUUUGUGAAUAAACACAAUCUUAAUUCAAGUGCUUUUCGUGGUCACCUGACCCAUAUAACUGCUAAAACUUUUAAUAUUAAAAACAAAAACUUAUAAUAACAAA